CCCAGGGUUUGUUCCCGAGAGUGUUCAGUGCCCCAGGGCAGGGCACAGAUUGCUGGGGGCAGGUCUGGGGUGGAGGCACUGGCUGGAAUCGGGGCUCUGUGUGUCAGGGGCUGUACAAAUGCCAAAAGUCAGGGUGAUUUUCUCUCCCAGACAACUUUGAGAGUGGGAAAAAGCCGAGGUGACCUGCCCUUGGUUCCCAGCUGGAGGUGAGUGGCAGGGCUGGGACUGUGCUGUCUGUCCUCCCCCAGGCUCCACUCGAGCAGCUUGCUGAGGGAUGGAUCAGGGUUUGUUGGUGCUUCCUGCCAGAGCCAUCCCCUCAUCCCCUGCCAGAGCCAUCCCCUCAUCCCCUGCCAGAGCCAUCCCCUCACCCUGGUGUCCCUCACUGUGCUUUCCCCACCUGUCACUGUGCUGCUUAUCUGACUCGUGCUCAUGUUUUCUCUGCUCUCAGGGCAGCCAGGGCUGUGUGACUGUUCUCUCCUUCCCCUCAGCCCUUCUCCACGAGUUUGGCUCACUGUGUGUGUUUGUGCAGGUGCCUGGCACUGGGAGAUACCUGCUGUGUGCUGCUCGUGUCUGCAGGGGAAGAGCAACCAGCAAAUGCCCAGUUCUGGGAGGCAGCAGUGACUCCUCGGGGAGCUGCUUCCUGUCAGGAUGUAUUUUCUUGGGAUGACUCAGGAGCUGCUUCACGAGAUGCAAGAAAAACUGCCCAUCUUUGUCCUGAUUGCAGCUGGACUGUUGGAUUUGUCUGGAGCCUCCAGGAGUGAACGUGAUGCCAGUGACAUGUUGGCCCUGGGCUUCCCUGGAUGGGCCCAGCCCAGAGCUGAGAGCAGCCCAGUGCCCAGCGAGGGCUUCCCUGGGACAGAGGACGACUUGGAUGGGGUGACCUUCCACUUCCAGAGCCCAGCAGCUGAUCCCACCAAGGCAACCACGGCUGACUCCAGCCCUGCUGCCACAGGGAGAGCUGCAAACGGGACAGCUCUGCUGCCUGGGGGCUUGGCUGGGACCCUGGAGGUGUCUGAGCCUCUGCACACAGAAACAGCAGCUUCAAAACCCCAGGGUGGACACGCCUGGCCUGGCCAGCUCUUGGGGAGCUUCAGCAUCCCUGUCUCCACACAAGGAUCCCAGGCUGCCACAGCUCUGGAGCAGCCAGGCAGCUCCCUGCAGAGACCAGGAGAUAUCCCUGGGGCUGGUCCCAGCCCUGCCAGCCCUGCUGCUGGGCUGCCCCAGCCCCCUCCCAGUGCGGGGCCACACCAGGACUCUCCCCAGUUCACAGCUGUCCCCUCCCUUUCUGUUCUUAUGGAGGUGACAAAGCCUAAAACAUCUCCCCUGACUUCAACAGUCCAUUUUCAUCCUCCAGGAAAAGGAACAGCAGCAUCUCCAUCUCCAAGCAGAGCUGGGGUUGCUCCUGGAGGUGCAGGGCUGGGCUGGUCCCCCCCAGGGAUGCACACAAACCCCCAGGCCCAGCCUGGCAGCACAGCAGCUCUGACUCCUGCACGCCUGGACAGGACCCAGGGUAUGGAUGCUGGAAUUACAGCUUCUGCAGUCCCACCACAGCCAGCUCCAGGGGGCCUGGAUGCAGCCUAUUCCAGCACAACACAUGCCAGGGCCACUCAGCUUUCCCCUGCUUUGCCUCUGAAGGAAGAGACCACAGGCAGCAAAGGCAGGAAUUCCACAGCAGCUGUAACAAAUGGUUCUGGACACCCAACCCAGCUGCCUGCUCUGCAGACACUGCCACCUCUUCAUUCCUCUUCGUUCCUGAUGGGAUCCCCAGUUCCUGGUGGGUUAAGUCCAUCUCCAAUUCAAGGGCCUGUUGGCACAACUGGAGGACAACAGCCCCUGUCUUUGGACAGGGCUCUCAACUGCACCAAACCUGCUGCCCAGGAAAGCAACAGGAGCUCUCAAGGAAUCACAGUUGUAGCUCUACAAGGAGAUGCUGAUCAUGGGAUGGUGACAAGUAAACCUGGAAAAUCUCUAUCCCCUGAGAGCCCACAGGCUUCUACUACUUCAUCCUCAUUAAGCCCAUCAGGGAUUUCCACAUUAAAGCUUUCCCAGACUACUAAAGAGCAAAAAGAAGUAACAUCUGCACCCUCUCCUGGAAUGUCUGGCUUUGGGAAUGCAGACCUUCAGCCCUGGGAUUCUGUUCAGGAGGGGCUUCAGCCACCAGGUGCCUCUUUCCCUGCUCGUGCUGGAUUGCAGCCCAUGGGCAUCCCCCGCUCUGCUGAGAGACUUCACACAACAACAACUUCACCCCCAGCCCCUGGCCCUGGGUCUCAGGCUCAGGGGGCUCCUGCCCACCCUGUACCUCAGGAGGCCUUUGCUGUGACACUGCAGGUGAGCACAGGGGAAGACUCCAAGAGAAGGAAAGGUCUCCCACAGCAGACAGCUGGAACUGGUUCUGCACCAGCCAGCCCAGUGCCCAGCCCCUCUGGAGCCCGUGAGAGCAGGACCCAGGCAGCUCCCUGGCACAGCUCUGCCCCUGCAGCCCCCCAGAGCCAGCACGUUGCCAGCCCAGCAGCUCCUGCUCCAGCACCACCCUCGCCCCGUGCAGGGGGGAGCCAGCCCAGCUCAGCCACAGCACACCCUGACCCAGGGGUGCCCAAGCACUGA